AUGAGUCGACGGGGCAUUCGGGUUAAGCGGACCAGUAGUCUAUGGGAAACAGAGCCCAUGUAUGUGACGGACCAAGACCGCUUUAUCAAUGGUGCCUGCGAGGUUGAGACCGAGUUGGAGCCUCUAGGACUGCUGGAUGAACUGCAAGCCAUUGAGCGUGAUAUGGGCCGCAAGAAGCUGAUUGACAAAGGCCCACGGAAUAUUGACCUGGAUAUCUUGCUCUAUGGUGAUGAAAAGGUGCAGAAUGAAAGGCUCAGCGUGCCUCAUAUCGGCAUACCGGAGCGUGAGUUUGUCUUGAGGCCUCUAGCAGAAUUAAUCCCGUCAAAACCGCUCUACGCAUCGCAACCGUGGAAACUCGUCCAGGAUUAUCUGAAUGAUCUCACCCCUGGCGAGCCCCUGUCCUCCAUCACUCCGCUGUCAUCAACGUUGGCACCGCUGACGCCUCUCGUGCGUGACAGAAAGACCAGCGUCAUGGGAAUCCUGAACAUGACCCCUGAUUCUUUCUCUGAUGGUGGUCGGAAUAACUUGGAAAGCCUGUCGAAUACUGUCAUUGAACUAGUUCGCAAUGGAGCCUCAAUCAUUGAUGUCGGUGGACAGUCGACGGCUCCUGGCCGCCCCGAGGUGUCUGCAGAAGAAGAAGCCUCUCGUGUUGUGCCUGCAAUCGAGCUCAUCCGCUCUAUACCGGAAACUCGUCACGUUGCCAUCAGUGUCGACACCUAUCGCGCAGCCGUGGCUGAAAAGGCCAUUGCCAGUGGAGCGGACAUCAUCAACGACGUCUCUGCGGGUGCUCUAGACGCUGAUAUGCUCCCGACCGUGGGUAGACUUGGCAAGACUAUAUGCCUGAUGCACAUGCGAGGAAACCCUCAGACGAUGACGAAGCUCGCUUCCUAUCCAGAUGGGCUGGUGCCAACCGUUGCGACUGAACUUGUGUCGCGGGUAGCCGCAGCCGAGGCAGCAGGCAUCCGAAGGUGGCGGAUCAUCUUGGAUCCAGGAAUCGGGUUCGCCAAGACGGGUGCUCAAAAUUUAGAAUUGCUACGCAGUCUCGAGGAGCUCAGGGCGUGGCCUGGCUUACAGGGUUUGCCAUGGCUUGUUGGAACGAGCCGGAAGAGCUUCAUCGGCAAGGUGACGGGGGUGGAAGAGGCAUCGCAGAGGGUUUGGGGCACGGCCGCAACGGUGGCAGCAGCAGUUCAAGGGGGAGCGGAUGUGAUACGCGUUCACGAUGUUCGGGAGAUGUCCCUGGUGACAACCAUGUCAGAUGCCAUCUGGAGGGCUCGAGACUGA